GUUUGAUAGGUAUAAGCACAUGCGCAGACUCCUCCGACUCCUGCCCAUCCUUCAGCCCCUCGCGUUCCUCCCGAAACCGAUGGACUACAAAUCCCGGUAGACUUCCGGCACUUAGAGCUGAAUGCACGUGCGCUUACAGCUGCCCGCCGGAAGGACCGAGCCUGGCUGUGUUUAUCUCGUUGGAGACCCAGUCGGCAGUUGGCGGGCAACGGGUUCAAAGCUGCAGGCAGCGCGAGGACCCGCGGCCCCGCCCCGGCCCGGCCUGGCAGGUAGCAGAGGCAGCAGGCCGUGCCGGGGGGGCAUGUGGCUGUAACCAGUGGCCCAGGGGAUGUUACGCUGGACGGUGCACCUGGAGGGCGGGCCCCGCAGGGUGAACCAUGCUGCAGUGGCCGUCGGGCACCGGGUGUACUCCUUCGGGGGUUACUGCUCCGGCGAGGACUACGAGACGCUGCGUCAGAUUGAUGUACACAUUUUCAAUGCAGUGUCCUUGCGUUGGACAAAGCUGCCCCCGGUGAGGCCCGCCACCCGCGGGCAGGCUCCCGUGGUACCCUACAUGCGGUACGGACACUCCACCGUCCUCAUCGACGACACAGUCUUCCUUUGGGGUGGGCGGAAUGACACCGAAGGGGCCUGCAAUGUGCUUUAUGCUUUCGAUGUCAAUACUCACAAGUGGUCCACACCCCGAGUAGCAGGAACAGUUCCUGGGGCCCGGGACGGACAUUCGGCUUGUGUCCUGGGCAAGACCAUGUAUAUUUUCGGGGGCUACGAGCAGCUGGCGGACUGCUUUUCCAAUGACAUUCACAAGCUGGAUACCAGCACCAUGACAUGGACCCUGAUCUGUACAAAGGGCAACCCCGCACGCUGGAGGGACUUCCACUCGGCCACCAUGCUGGGCAAUCACAUGUAUGUCUUUGGGGGCCGUGCCGACCGUUUCGGGCCAUUCCACUCCAACAAUGAGAUUUACUGCAACCGCAUCCGCGUCUUUGACACGAGGACCGAGGCCUGGCUGGACUGUCCACCCACCCCGGUGCUGCCUGAGGGGCGCCGGAGCCACUCAGCCUUUGGCUACAAUGGGGAGCUGUACAUUUUUGGUGGCUAUAAUGCAAGGCUGAAUCGGCACUUCCAUGAUCUCUGGAAGUUUAACCCUGUGUCAUUUACCUGGAAGAAGAUUGAACCGAAGGGGAAGGGGCCGUGUCCCCGCCGGCGCCAGUGCUGCUGUAUUGUUGGUGACAAGAUUGUUCUCUUUGGGGGUACCAGUCCGUCUCCUGAGGAAGGCCUGGGAGAUGAAUUUGACCUUAUAGAUCAUUCUGACUUACACAUUUUGGACUUUAGCACUUCUGACAUGUCAUUUGAGGAGCUGUUGGAAUUGCAGAGCCAAGUGGGGACUAAGACAUACAAACAAUUGGUAACUGGAAACAGCACUAAGAAGCAAAGUUCUAGACCACCUGUCCAAAAAGCAUGUGUGGCCGAUAAGCACAGGCCUCUGGAAAUGUCAGCCAAGGUCCGUGUGCCAUUUUUGCGUCAAGUUGUCCCCAUCAGUAAGAAGGUAGCCCGCGACCCGCGCUUUGAUGAUCUGUCAGGGGAAUAUAAUCCUGAGGUGUUUGAUAAAACGUAUCAGUUCCUAAAUGACAUCCGAGCCAGAGAGAAAGAGCUUGUGAAAAAACAGUUGAAGAAGCGCCGCUCAGGGGAGGAGCAUGAGAAACUGCAGCAGCUGCUUCAGCGCAUGGAGCAGCAAGACAUGGCACAGCAGGAGCGAAAGCGGCAGCAGGAGCUGCGCCUGGCCCUGAAGCAGGAGCGGCGGGCUCAGGCCCAGCAGGGCCAUCGGCCGUACUUCCUGAAGAAAUCUGAGCAGCGCCAAUUGGUCCUAGCUGAGAAGUUCAAGGAGCUGAAACGCAGCAAGAAGCUCGAGAGCUUCUUGAGUCGAAAGAGACGCCGAAAUGCAGGCAAGGACAGAAGACAUCUCCCUUUGAGCAAAGAGUAAUAAGAAAACGUCCUCAGCUCUUCUGCUGCCCCAGCAAGAAAUGCAGCUCCCGGGACACAUUUGGGCUGGGCCUGUUCUGGUCCUUUCCCACUCAAGGGCAAGGCUCACAGCUGCCUUGGAACUAGAUUGGCUCAGAGAUGACUGAGAGGGUCUGGGAUGCCCCAGGGCUGGACGAGAAGAGCAGUUCAGCCUUGUGCCGCAACGCACUUCCUCUCCUUGGAUCUGGUUCACCGUGUCCUCCUGUCCUUCUCCCACUUGCCUUGAGACAGUGAUUCUGGUAUAGAAGGAAAAGGACCAGUGAGUGACACUGAGGCCGGUUGAAGGCCAUAGGGUCUGCGAGUGGCUCCCAGGACUGAGUCUAUGUGGGAGCCAGUUCAUAAACACUCUUGUCACUCA